GGCUGUAUAAGGCCUGUCCCACAACUUUUUUGUGAACCGCCAACAUGUCUUCACCCAUUAUUUUGCCCCCCGGUUUCGCGUAUGUAGCAGCUGGACUCGUAUCCACCGCUUGGGUUCUUGGCUGGCAGGCUCUGGUCGUGGGCCGUCACAGGACAAAGUCCGGAAUCAAGUACCCUCAGCUAUAUGCCGAGAAAGCAGAGGCCGAUGCUUCUAAAGCAGCAUUGCUCUUCAACUGCGCCCAGCGUGCCCACCAAAACACAAUCGAGCACAUGCCUCUUAUCAUUGUGACCACUUUGGUGACUGCAUUGAAGCAUCCCGUCCUUGCUGGGUAUGCAUGUGGUUUUUGGGCACUGUCCCGUGUUCUGUACACCUUGGGGUACACCACUGGAGAUCCAGUCAAGCGUAACACACGCGGUGGCAUACUGGGUGAACUUUCUGUUUUUGGACUUCUCUUUGGUUCCACCUACACGGCGUAUGAACUCUUAUGCUCAUCUACUUGAUGUGUCUGCUCUUGCCAGGGCGUUCUAUACAUCUGACGUGACAAGUAGUGACCGGGAAAAUAUCCUUGAUGUCUAAUUUUUAAUACGUGACAUGGAGAGAAUAUAGUCAGACAAUUUCCACCAAAGAGGGUCAGGCCAUCUGAGGGACGGCCUAGUUUACGUUCACAUUUGAAACUUUCUUCAGCCAUAAGCGUGCGCUCUCAUUGGUGGAGAGGUACUUGGGCGACACUAGGCGCUCGGCUACAUACAGGCUUCUGUUGAGAACAAGUUCAAAACUUGUUUUCACCGGUUCGACUUUUUU